AUGAUCUGUGAACAUUUUGGACAACCUGAAGCAACUAAAAGCAAGGAUUCAAAAAAAGAAACCACAACCAAACGUGUUGGAUGUACGUGGCAAAUAAAUCUGUCGUGCCCUAAAAAAGAAAAUCCUAACAAAGUCGUAUACAUUUCAAAAUUAAUCAACAAGCACCAAAAUCAUGAACUUGACCAA